UCGGUCACAUGCGGGAUCAGCUGACAUCACCAGCUUCUCCUUUUGCUGCUCUUCCUCCUCUAGUGUCAGACGCCGUUUGGAAAAUCAGAAUUAAAUUUGUCUCUUUGCUUUUUUUUUGCGUCGGCUUUUAAAUUAAAGCCAAGAUUAAGUUGCUGCUUCUGCAGUUGAGACCGCCGGAUAGAUGCUGUUGGAGUGGAUGAUGAACGGACACGCCAUUCUUUACACAGGGGUCACUUUGGCCUUCUGGACUACAAUACUAAUCGUUGGUAUAUGUUAUACCAUAUUUGACCUUGGAUUCCGCUUUGAUGUGGCAUGGUUCCUGACUGAGACGUCUCCUUUUAUGUGGGCCAAUCUGGGCAUCGGUUUGGCCAUCUCUCUGUCUGUGGUGGGAGCAGCUUGGGGGAUCUACAUCACUGGUUCAAGCAUCAUUGGUGGAGGAGUCAAGGCUCCAAGAAUCAAAACCAAAAAUUUGGUCAGCAUUAUCUUCUGUGAAGCUGUUGCCAUUUAUGGGAUCAUCAUGGCAAUUGUUAUUAGCAACAUGGCUGAGAAUUUCAGUGGCACAACCCCUGAGACCAUCGGAGCACGAAAUUACCAAGCUGGUUAUUCCAUGUUCGGAGCUGGCCUCACUGUGGGGUUUUCCAACCUUUUCUGUGGGAUCUGUGUGGGCAUCGUGGGCAGCGGAGCAGCUUUGGCAGAUGCCCAGAACGCCAGCCUCUUUGUGAAGAUUCUUAUUGUGGAAAUCUUUGGUAGCGCAAUUGGCCUGUUUGGUGUCAUUGUAGCAAUUCUGCAGACCUCUAAAGUAAAGAUGGGUGAUUAGAAGAUGUGCUCACAUCCUGAGAAGACGAGGAAACUCCUGAAAAAUAAGAUGGAUUAUUGUGUACAUACGUCGUAAAUUAUUUAAAUGUCUAUAUUCACUCUAUUGUUUUUAACCAUCAUUUGUGUAAGAGUGGGAUGAUCUUUGGGAAGCAUGAAUGUUGAAUAAGAAACUGAAAAAGGGGUACAAUGUUGAUUUUCUUCUAUAUUUUUCAUUUUCUGUACUCACCGGAUAAUAUUAACAAUUCAACUUCCUGAGUCAUGGAAGCAAUCUGUUGCCUUCAGCUGUGAGGUUUUGGUUUUUCAAGAGGUUUUCUUGGAUAAUCUUGCAGACCACUCUUAUUUGAACGAUGGUUAAAAAUUACUCUGGAGUAUUGAAAAUGCUGUGUGUGUGUGUGUGUGUGUGUAUGCUUGACAUGUGAUUUUUAUUUUAUGUUCUUUCUUCCUGUGAAGCAUGAGGAUGUUUGUCAUUGUGUUUGUGGCCUGGUCUGCCUCUUUCUUUGUUUUUGUAUCCGGUCUUUUCAAUUUGAAAAUUGGGCCGUUCUACAGGUGGCUCACAUACAGUGUUUUUCCUGCCUUUGAAUAGUUAUUGAACAUUUAUUAAAUUGAGAGUAUUGUUCUAAAGUUGUAAUUGUGCAACAUAUAAAUCACAGCAGCAAUUCUCUAUCUACCUGGGUUUUUUCUCUCUUCUGUCCUUGCUAUUCUUAAAUCCCAAAAGGCCCGUGUAAUAAUUAUAAGCCAACUGUCUUCAUAAAUGUUGCAAAAAAAA